UAUUUAAACGCUGUGCACACAUCUUCUGAGAAAGAAGAAAAGGAAAUUCCGUGCGUGGCUCUCAGCAGGAGUGCAGCUGAUGCCGCUUCACAUGAUGCUGAAGAAGAAGCACUUGUCUGCAGGCAGAGUGCCUCUGAUUCUCUUCCUGUGCCAGCUGAUCAGUGCUCUGGAUGUUCCUCUUGAUUCAAAGCUCCUUGAUGACUUGGUACAACCUCCAACCAUCACUCAACAGUCACCAAAAGACUACAUUAUUGACCCUCGGGAGAAUAUCGUAAUCCAGUGUGAAGCCAAAGGGAAACCUCCUCCAAGCUUUUCCUGGACUCGUAAUGGAACCCAUUUUGACAUAGACAAGGACCCUCUGGUCACCAUGAAGCCUGGCUCAGGAACCCUUGUCAUCAACAUCAUGAGUGAAGGGAAAGCAGAGACCUAUGAAGGAGUCUACCAGUGCACUGCAAGGAACGAGCGUGGAGCUGCCAUCUCCAAUAACAUUGUUGUGCGCCCAUCUAGGUCACCCUUGUGGACCAAGGAAAGACUUGAACCAAUAGUACUCCGAAACGGUCAGUCAUUAGUACUUCCAUGUCGGCCUCCAAUUGGACUACCACCGGCCAUAAUAUUUUGGAUGGAUAAUUCCUUUCAAAGACUUCCACAGAGUGAACGGGUUUCCCAAGGACUAAAUGGAGACCUUUACUUCUCUAAUGUCCUCCCAGAGGACACCCGUGAAGACUAUAUCUGCUAUGCCAGAUUUAAUCACACUCAAACCAUCCAACAGAAGCAACCUAUUUCUUUGAAGGUGAUUUCAGUGGAUGAAUUGAAUGACACUAUAGCUGCUAAUUUGAGUGACACUGAGUUGUAUGGUGCUAAAUCUAGUAAAGAGAGGCCACCAACAUUUCUAACUCCAGAGGGCAAUGAAAGCCACAAAGAGGAAUUAAGAGGAAAUGUGCUUUCCCUCGAGUGCAUUGCAGAAGGCCUACCUACUCCAAUUAUUUACUGGAUCAAAGAAGAUGGAACGCUUCCCGUCAACCGGACGUUUUAUCGGAACUUUAGGAAGACCUUGCAGAUCAUUCGUGUUUCCGAAGCAGACUCUGGAAAUUAUCAGUGCAUAGCAAAAAACACAUUAGGAGCUGUCCAUCAUACCAUUUCUGUCACAGUUAAAGCUGCUCCCUACUGGAUUGUGGCACCUCAGAACCUUGUGCUUUCCCCGGGAGAGAAUGGGACCCUCAUCUGCAGAGCUAAUGGCAACCCGAAACCCAGAAUUAGCUGGUUAACAAAUGGAGUCCCAAUAGAAAUUGCUCUCGAUGACCCCAGCAGAAAAAUAGAUGGAGAUACCAUUAUAUUUUCAAAUGUUCAAGAAAGCUCAAGUGCGGUUUAUCAGUGCAAUGCCUCUAACAAAUAUGGAUAUUUACUAGCAAAUGCAUUUGUGAAUGUGCUCGCUGAACCACCUCGGAUUCUUACAUCAGCAAACACACUGUACCAGGUCAUUUCAAACAGGCCUGCUUUGUUAGAUUGUGCCUUCUUUGGGUCUCCUAUGCCUACCAUUGAGUGGUUUAAAGGAACUAAAGGAGGCGCUCUUCAUGAAGACAUUUAUGUUUUACAUGAUAAUGGAACGUUAGAAAUCCCUGUGGCCCAAAAGGAUAGUACUGGGACAUAUACUUGUGUCGCAUGGAAUAAAUUAGGGAUGGCAAAGAAUGAAGUUCACUUGGAAAUCAAAGAUCCAACCAGGAUCAUUAAACAACCUGAAUAUGCAGUCGUUCAGAGGGGGAGCAAGGUGUCCUUUGAAUGCAAAGUGAAACAUGACCACACCUUAAUCCCCACCAUUAUGUGGCUGAAGGACAAUGGAGAGCUGCCCAAUGAUGAAAGGUUCUCCACUGACAAGGAUCAUCUGGUGGUAUCUGAUGUAAAGGAUGACGAUGGUGGCACCUACACAUGUACAGCCAACACAACACUGGACAGUGCUUCCGCCAGCGCUGUGCUCAGAGUUGUCGCUCCUCCUCCAACUCCAGCCCCCAUUUACGAUGUCCCGAAUCCUCCCUUUGAUUUAGAAUUGACCAAUCAACUUGACAAAAGUGUUCAGCUGACGUGGACCCCAGGCGAUGACAACAAUAGCCCCAUUACAAAGUUCAUCAUUGAAUAUGAGGAUGCAAUGCAUGAGGCAGGGCUGUGGCGCCACCAGGCUGAAGUUUCUGGAACACAGACCACAGCCCAACUGAAGCUGUCUCCCUAUGUGAACUACUCCUUCCGAGUCAUGGCGGAGAACAGCAUUGGGAGGAGUAUGCCAAGUGAGGCGUCAGAACAAUAUCUUACAAAAGCCGCAGAACCAGAUCAGAAUCCCACAGCUGUGGAAGGACUGGGGACAGAGCCAGACAACUUGGUGAUUACAUGGAAGCCCCUGAAUGGUUUUCAAUCGAAUGGGCCUGGCCUCCAAUACAAAGUGAGCUGGCGCCAGAAAGAUGGUGAUGAUGAAUGGACGUCUGUUGUUGUGGCCAAUGUAUCCAAAUACAUUGUUUCUGGAACACCAACCUUUGUCCCAUACCUGAUAAAAGUUCAAGCUCUGAAUGAUGUGGGGUUUGCUCCAGAGCCAGCUGCAGUCAUGGGACAUUCUGGAGAAGACCUUCCAAUGGUGGCCCCUGGAAAUGUGCGUGUCAAUGUGGUGAACAGUACCUUGGCAGAGGUACACUGGGACCCAGUUCCUCCAAAGAGUGUCCGAGGACACUUACAAGGCUAUCGGAUUUACUACUGGAAGGCUCAGAGCUCCUCUAAAAGGAACAGACGCCACAUUGAAAAGAAGAUCCUCACCUUCCAGGGCAGCAAGACGCAUGGCAUGCUGCCAGGGCUGCAACCAUACAGUCACUAUGCUCUCAAUGUCCGAGUGGUCAAUGGGAAAGGGGAGGGCCCAGCCAGCACGGACAGAGGCUUCCAUACUCCAGAGGGAGUCCCUAGUGCUCCCUCAUCUUUGAAAAUUGUUAAUCCUACACUGGACUCUCUCACAUUGGAAUGGGACCCACCAAGCCACCCAAAUGGCAUCCUGACUGAGUACAUCUUAAAAUACCAGCCAAUUAACAGCACACAUGAACUAGGCCCUCUGGUAGAUUUAAAAAUUCCUGCCAACAAGACACGCUGGACUUUAAAAAAUUUAAAUUUCAGCACUCGGUACAAGUUCUAUUUGUAUGCACAAACAUCAGUGGGAUCAGGCAGUCAGAUCACAGAGGAAGCGAUAACAACCGUGGAUGAAGGUAAGAAGGCUGGUAUUCUUCCACCUGAUGUAGGUGCAGGCAAAGCAAUGGCAAGCCGGCAAGUGGAUAUUGCGACACAAGGCUGGUUCAUAGGUUUAAUGUGCGCUGUUGCUCUCCUCAUCUUAAUUUUGCUGAUCGUUUGCUUCAUCAGAAGAAACAAGGGUGGUAAAUAUCCAGUUAAAGAAAAGGAGGAUGCUCAUGCAGACCCUGAAAUCCAACCCAUGAAGGAAGAUGAUGGAACAUUUGGAGAAUACAGUGAUGCAGAAGAUCACAAGCCUUUGAAAAAAGGAAGUCGAACACCUUCAGACAGGACUGUGAAAAAAGAAGAUAGUGAUGAUAGCCUGGUUGACUAUGGAGAGGGGGUGAAUGGCCAAUUCAACGAGGAUGGCUCCUUCAUUGGACAAUACAGUGGUAAGAAAGAGAAAGAGCCAGCAGAGGGAAAUGAAAGCUCAGAGGCCCCUUCUCCUGUCAACGCAAUGAACUCCUUUGUUUAAGUCUUUAAGCUCUGUGCCAAUAUAACAUCUCUCUGGAAUGGUUUUCCUGAACACUUGUCAUCCCUCUCAUACUAUGGACAUAUGGCUAGAAAGAUUGUUUUUGGCUGUAUCUGAGUAUUAUGAGAACAGAGCAAGAACAUAUCUCAGUAAGAUGAUACGUUACUAUGAACUGGGGUACAAAGUGCAUACUUUUUGUUCAGAGUGGGUUUUCUCAAUUUCCUCGGAACUGAUUAAAAAGAAAUACAACAUCAUCAAUAGGUUACAUUAUUCCCUGUGCGGGAUACAGUUCAAUAAGAUGCAUGAAACAUGAUGCACAGAGGACACACCUGUGUAUGUGAUUGCAACGUGGUUGGGUACUUUGUUGACACUAUCCUCAGCUGAACCCUAAAUAUGAAUUCCGUUGUCAUUGUGGAGAGUGUUACUGUAGUGUUCUCUAGGGCUUCAAUGUCUCUGUGGACAUUGUUGUGAAACUCGUGACUAUGUCUAGCUGUUGUUAGUCUUUUUGAGAGACUGUUAGGAACAGUAUGUACAGUAUAUACUUGCUACAUGAGUUACUUAUGACAGUUGCAUCCGCUAAUGCUCGCCGAGACUGUGUCACCUGUUCUUUGCUCCCGGUACUUCCCAGGCUUCUUACCCUUCCGGGUGUUACAGCAGCAGAGUUUCACUUCCUACACUAUCUGUGUUCAGUCCUUUGGGGGCAUAAACAUUGCAUAUUGUGACACCUUUUGGCAUUUGUGCUAUACUCAAAGAAUUGAAGUCAAAGCUCUCAAGUGAAAUUUUAAAUUUUAGUCCAGAAAAUGCAGGGCAAGACACAUGCAGUGCCUUUGGACAAUAAGUAUUCCCUGACUCCUGUACUCUGUAUCGGCCAGUGUGGGCAAGUCCAUCCUAUGCUACUGUUGUUGUUGGAAAGGAAUUCUUCAAAGGCAGAGAUAAUGCAAACUGAAAUGCUGAAAACCGUGAAUGUAAAAACAAAUUUAUUUGAAGGGGCUUUCCCCAUAAAUAUCAAACCCAAAGCUCUGUCAUUGGCUGGAGCACACGAUGGUUUUGUGGUCUUUUGUGGUUUCUAGUCAAACAAAUCAAGUGGAAAAAGAAAAGUAGUGUAGUUGGAAAUGCAUAGAAAACCAAAUGAUUGCAGAAGUAAAAGCGUACAACAACGUGCCAAAAGUACUAAAUUAUUCACUCUACCUAGGCAAGCUUUCGAAUUCUGCAGCAUUCAGCAGCGUGUGUACAAAUUGCAACAGGCAUACUCCAGAAUCUGAGAAGUCUGACAAGUACUUAAUUAGGCCAGCAGUCAAAGGGAUUACACCAACAGUCUGAAGAACAAAUACAUAUAUCCUAUCACAGCCAUAAACAGUGUGAAGUGGCUGACCUCCAGUAUAGGAAGCUAUGACAACCCAUGGUUGAAGGAAUGCUCGAUUUCAUUUGCCAAUAAAUCGGUUUCUCAUAACUUGCAUCAAGUUUAAUUUUAAGUAAAGCCUUUUAUAUGUAGGUCUUCUGUUGAACUUGUAAAUAUACCUAAAGUGUAGACGCUAUAUGCUUGUAGGUGUGAUGUAUGAAUAAACACACAAGCAACGUCCAUGUUCUCCCGUGUGAGAAGUAAGCUCGUUGAUGAAUGCAGUGUGUGGGACCACAAAACAUCCAAAUGCCUUUCCUGGGGUUUUGGAUUUUAGUUUUGUUUUUGUUUUUGUUUUCAUUCUACUUUUGGCUGUGAAACUGAAAUAGAGAAUUUUUUUUUUUUUUUACCCACUUCUUCAGCCUGUUGCUGGCUGAAAUCCUAAGUAUUGGCCAAUGGAGUACAUUAGAAUUUGUCACCUGACAUCUUUGAUGUGUACAGGUAAAGCUUGUUUUAAAGUGAUCCCCAACGUCUUCAUAUUUACUCUCCAUAAACCAGCCUAUAUAAUGAAAAUACAAACUAACAAAACAAGCUUGUCUCAACAUCAGAAAGCACAAAGACAAAAGUUACUUUCAAUUGGUCAAUGUCUUCAGAGAAAAAUAAAUGUGAAAUUUCUGUUCUUCCAUAACUAUGGAUGCUAAAUUUCUCUGUGCAUGAAGAAGUCAUGCCUAUAGAUAAUGACAGAUUUUUUUUAAUUAAAAAUGAAAAAUCAAGUGUGGUUGUAAAGCCCCUCCCUCUUUGGUACUUAAUCAUGUUCCUGGAGGGGUGUGGGUAUGUGGCGGCUGUCACAGAGCAGGACAGUGCUUCUGGACUUCCAUCUGAAAAGUGACUGGUAAACAGCCCAGCUAUCGUUCGUGUUAGCGUCUUCAAACCUGUACUUCCAAAGGUUGUGAAGAUAUUCUGACUUUUUUUGUUUCAUUUUUAAAAGACUUAGGACUUAAAUCACAAAAGUAAAAAUAAGAAUUAGUAAGAUAGCAAAAUCAGGAACUUUCAAGUGCAAAGUUAUGGUUAGUUAAGCAGGAAGAGAUAGCACCAGUCUCUUGAAAACAGGUGAACAAAUCCGGUUCUCUGUCAUGUCUCAAAAAAGCACAAUUGGUGGUGUCCUGUCAGUGAUGACCAGUCCAUGUCACCACCACUGCCGACCUUCUCACUCCUCAGCUAUAUUUUUUAAUAUGGCUGCUUGAUGAGAGAGUUUGAACUCUCAUACGUGUUACAAAUAUGUCAUCCGCUUCCUUCUCUCAAGCUUUCUUUCUUCUGUCUCCAAGCUGUAUAGCUGAGCAAACAUCCAAGCCUCGCAAUCAUUCGCAUUCCACCACCUGCCCCUUAGUCACAGGCCCCUGGUCCCAGCAGUGCAUCCCGGAGACCUACCUGCCUUGUGCUCUCAGAGUUAUGUAGAUACCAUGCUACGACAGUGAGUUGGGGAUGUAAUAUUGAGCUCCGUAUUCCUCUCACAGAGGACUCGUUGCCUGUUCUCUUGGACUCUCCCUUCUCUGUCCUCACUGUGGGCCAAAUUAACAAACCCUAGCCUCACUCUACAUCAUGACACGGCUCCGUGGCAACAGGGCUUUUGAAACUACAAGCAUGACCUCAAAAAUGAUUUUGUGGUUAUAACCCGGUAUAAAUCAAAUCAACUUCUUCGCGGAGUUUUAAUGGCUUCCCAGAUGAGGAAAGUCUAGGAACUCAGGGAUUUUCAUCCAUCCACAGAACCAAUCUCUUCCACUUAAGAUGUUUUAACUGAUGACCACCAGAGGGCGCUUGUGCUUUAUUCUGCGCAGAAGAAACAUGCUAGAGGAAGUGGGCUAAGGACACUGACUGAAUCGGUUUGGAUAAUUAAAUGAUGACCUGAUGGUGCAGAAAAUGAUCGCCUGCUCCAACUAGGGAAAUGAGAUUGCAGCUCUCCCUAGUGAUUUCACAGCUCCAGAGUGGAAGCUGGAGUGUGUGAGCCUUUUGCAUAGUUUUUUUCUUUUGAUUGGGCCAAGAUGAGUCAGGGGAAGAGUUGCCCCCAGUCCAAUGGCCAUGCUUUUGUGUGUGUGUGUGUGUGUGUGUGUGUGUGUGUGUGUGUGUGUGUGUGUGUGUGACAAUAAGGGAAGGCAGUCCAUAAAAUUGCUUCACCUCCUUUCUUUACUGGUACUAUUUUUGUCUCCCACUAAUGGUUUGGUGUUUCAUUAUUGUAAAGUAGUAGUAAAGAAUUACUACUACUUUACAUUAUCAUAUUAUCAUAUUGUGAAUUAUCAUAUUGUAAAGAAGUAGUGCUGUCCCGCUUGGUAUGGUGGUCAGGAAAAUGGCUCCGAGGAAGGAAGUGUCCUCUGAAAGGAGAAAGGCAAGGAGAAGCUGUAGAAAAACAAGGGGACAAAGCUGGCAAGCAAAGCCACCAUGCUUGCCUAGACGCAGAGGCCAGGCUAUGCUGGGUCUGAGGAUCAUGUGACAAGCAUCUGCAUCUAGUCAAGAAGCAAUGAAAGUUGAGGAGUGAUCAAAAGGGUCGAGGGACUUCUAUGAUUAAGAGAACGAGAUUAAGCCAUGGGGCCAAGAAGAACAUGUGUUAGAGGGCCGAGGAUGACACAUGAGCCAGAAACUCUCAGUGCAGUGCCCAGGAGCAGAACAGCCCUCUCUAGGAGACUAGUUACCAGGAGCUGGCUGUCACUGCAAAGCAAGAGGCUGUGUUGGGGUAGAAGUGAGGGAAAGAGCAUUACAUGAUCAAAAAUCAGAUGGUUCUGUCUGGCUCUGGACACCUUCCCCAUGACAGAUGCCCACUCAUUAGUCACCCCUGUCUCUUCUUUCCUGGCUAUCUACUGACUUUCAAACAGCUCAGGUGUCUCAGAGACAAACAAGCUUUUGCAUAACUCUCCAGUGCUUCAGUUAUUACAGUUAAAAUGGUUGAAUUAAUAGCAGAAAUAUAUGAGGAUAAUUGUAAAGGGCACCAUUGGCCAGACAGUACAUUCUUUCUUCCAUCUGUAGCUAUAGAAUUCCACAGUACUGCUCAGUGUGUCCUAUAGACUCAGUCUUUCUUCAGCUCUAAGUGUGUGGCUCGUUAUCUCAGCAGGUGACUCAACGAAACAACAGAAUUCUUUCCCAUCAGACAUUAUCAGCUGGCUCAUUGAAGUCACCUGACAGUAUUAAAAGCUCAAUGCCUGCUCACCCCGGCCCACAAAGUCUUUAUUUUUAUUGUCUGAACUGUGGCUUGAUCACAACUAGGAAAAAUUCACAGAAGAUAGUAUUGUGUAGCCAAAGUGGAAAUUGGUGUGGACAAGAUUAUCCUGUGCUACUGUGCAAAUAGUCAGGGCACAGUAUUUUCAAUAGGUUCCACAACACAGCCCAAGGGUGGAUUUCAAAUUCUCUUCUAUUCCCCACAUAAAAUGAAUCUAGAGAGAACAGACCCCUCAUACAUUGCUGGUGGGAAUAUAAAAUGGUUCAGCCACUUUGGAAAAGGGUUUAGCAAUUUUUUUUAAAAAAAAUAUUGAAUAUAAAUAUACUAUAUUACAACAAUUCAACUCAUAGGUCUAGCUCGACUCAAGAGAAAUGAAAACCUACAUCUAGCCACAGACUUGCAUACACUAGUUCAGAAAGCGUCAACCAUAACAUCUAGAAAUCAACUGCAGUGGCUCUGAGCAGACCAGCGGCUGAACAGAAUGAGUAUAUCAUAUGCAUAGAUGCUAUAACUGCACAGUCAAAUGGAAUACUACUUGGCGAGUUAUAUAACGAAUUGAUGCGUACAACAGUGUGAGGACCUCCAAAACCAUCAAAUUUUAAAAUUUUAAAAGUCAUCAGGACCCAGAGCCCGAUAUUCUAACUUACUUUAAAUAUAAAAAAAAAAAAAAAAAAAAAAAAAAAAAAAAAAGCAGACCUGUGAAAGCCUGAGGUAGAUUGGUGUCUCCAGCUGAAGGAGGUGGAGACAAAGACUAACUUCAAAUUGAUGUGAGGGUUCUUCCUGGAGUAUGAAAAAAAAUUAUUGAGUUUUAUAGCUAAAACAAGUGAAUUAUGGUAUCAAGUUAUACCUCAGUAAAGCUUAUAUUGGCCUGAAGAGUGAAUAGAGUUAUAUAUAAAUGAGGUUUGGGUCUAUACAUCCCCACAUCAUGGGCCCAUCACCUCCUGUUUCCUCAAGGAUGCGGCAAGGCCAUCAACUCCAGGUGUUCCCCAAAUAGUACCAUCACUUGUUAGAGUCACAUUCCUUAUCUGCUCCAAUUGGUAGGAAUUGGAAUGACUUAGCUUUAACAUUAAAGGAAGAAAUCGGGUACUCUUCAUAACAGAAAAACAACACCAACAACAAACUUCAAAUCGUUCAAAUGCCUAUAGUAUUAUAAGUGGCUAUACAAAUUUUAAAAUGUGUACCACUUUCAGACCAUCAAUCAGCCAUAAGUACAAGUGUCUUAUGGCACUGAGUGGGAGGAGCCAGACACAGAGGCUUUGUUUGUAUGAAACAUUGGGGCAGAGAGAACUAUCAUACAAGGACAGGGAGCAGAUGUGUGACUGUGGGGGAGGAGUUUGCAGAGAGAUUUACCUCUGAGAUGCAGAAAGAACUUAUACAGAUGAUGGAAGAAGUCUGUAUUUCAAUUGUGAGCAUAGUUCUAGGGGUAUCUGUUCAUCAGGACCCAAACCUAUAUGCUUAAAGUAAGUGUGCUUUGUUAUGUAUGUUGGAUCUCAAUAAAGUUGAUUUUGAAAGGAAAAUAAACGGGACAAAAGUGGC